UUGUGUGCAGGCCAGCCUCCACUCUGAUGUGUUCCAGUCCUGCCAGACCAGUCUGCUCUCAGCUCGGCUUCCUCUACGAAGUAGGGUCAGGGUUCUAGUCCUUCUACGUUGGGACCUAGAGAACUAUUUGUGUCCGGUCAGGACAUUCGGAGAGGCGGAGGCACAUUUCGGUGUUCUUGCAGCAGCCACAUUCUCCUCGUCGUCGUCGUGGUCGUCAGUUUGGGAGCGUGACGCUGCCAAGUCAUGAAGGAACACCCUUGUGGUUGUCACUGAAGUUGCAAACACCUGGACGUUGGAUUUUUCUAAUUUUUUUUCUGAAGACACUUUUUAACGAAAUCCCCAGUUUUUUCCCCCACCGGAGCACCUGUGUAAAUAACCACAGACACCAUGACGACCUCAUCGAUUCGCCGGCAGAUGAAAAAUGUGGUCAACAGCUACACGGAGGCCGAGAUCAAGGUGCGAGAAGCCACCUCCAACGACCCGUGGGGCCCCUCCAGCUCGCUGAUGGCGGAAAUUGCUGACCUGACCUACAACAUGAUGGCCUUCACCGAGGUCAUGGGUAUAUUGUGGAGGCGGCUCAACGACCACGGGAAAAACUGGCGCCACGUGUACAAGGCGCUUGGCCUGAUGGACUACCUGGUCAAAACGGGCUCGGAACGUGUGGCGCAGGAGUGCCGGGACAACAUCUACUCCAUUCAGACCCUGAAAGAUUUCCAGUACGUAGACCGAGACGGACAGGACCAAGGGCAGCACAUACGCGAGAAGGCCAAGAAUCUGGUUUCUCUGCUGAAGGACCCAGAAAAGCUGAAAAAGGAGAGGAGCCAGGCGUUGAAAACCAAGUCGCGUAUGGUGGGGGUCCAUUAUUCCUUUGGAGAUCUGCCUCCUCCGUACCCGGGAAGCCACUCCAGCCAUUACGGGACGUACCCGUCCAGGAGCUCACCUUCCUCUGUGCAUUGGUCAAUCUACCACCAUCAAACAACUGUUAUUCAAUGUCCAGCCUCCUCUUCCUCCUCGCCUAGACUAGCGCCAGAAUUGGAGCAGGCUCGGCCGGCUACCAGCGGAGAGGAGGAGCUUCAGCUGCAGCUGGCCCUGGCCAUGAGCCGGGAGUCUGAUGAAAACAGCCAGUUGCAGAGUGCCGGCAAGACAGUCAAGAAGCCUUCCAAGCCUAUGCCGGCCACAAUGGACAUGGACGAUGACGCUCAAAUGAAGUUAGCUCUGAACAUGAGCAAGGAGACGCACGUACAGGAGAAGCUCAGUCGUCAAGGUGACGAGUCGAUGCUGCGGAAAGCUUUGGAGGAGAGCAAACGUGAGAUGUCGUCUAAAGGCGGGACCGCGUUCAUGGACCUGGUGGAUGUAUUUUCAGUGUCUUCAGAUACUCCUAGUGACCAAAAAUGGAAAAAAACUGCAUACUCCUCGCCUGUUCGUACCAGAGGGUCGAGCUCCUGGGACCCCUUGGAUGGAAGAAGCAGCUCGUCAAGAUUAGAUUCUCCCUGGUUGGUGUCGCCCACCUCCACCAGUCCCCCUCCAGCCUGGGAGCCAAGCUCGCCCCCGAGCAACCCUUGGGAUGCCCCAAAGAGCAGUGCCUCCAAACUAUGGGGCCUCUCCAACACAGAUGGGGAUCUGUUUGACGAAGCCAUGGACGGAGGCUCCAUGAACAUCAACGGGCGAAAGGAAGGCAGCCCUGAGAUCUAUGACUUGACCCAACUCAGACAAAGCCUGGUGGAGCCCACCCCUCGUACACUGCAUACCCCAGAGGCCUUCCUCGGACCCUCAGCUGCUUCAUUGGUCAACCUGGAAACUUUGAUCCCAGCUCAGCCCGCGGCCAUGAACCCCUUUCUAUCAGAUGGAGUCCCUCCCGCAACCAGCAAUCCAUUCCAAGUAGACCAGACCAGACUAACUCUGGAUCAAAUGGGCUCGGCCACGCUAGAGGGGUCUCUUCCGUACAGCACCUCCCUACCUCUGCCUGUCAACCACCAGCCCAUCAACCUCCCAUCGUCUUACACUCAUCCCACCCCGACCGCCUUGGAUCUACCUGCGCCUUUGUUGCCCUUCUCUACUGGCAGCACUCUGGACCAGGCUGCACCGAACAAUCAGAACCCUUUCCUAUGAGGACCACUUCAACUGGAGAGAAUACUGUGGGGAAAAAUACAAUUGGCUUCAAAUGUCAGAUUGAACUGCAAUGCUCUUUAAUUUGUAAUAUAUACUGUGUCAUAACACGCUAACCUUUACACUGAUGCAUGCUGCUUUUCUCAACAGGAUAGAAAUCAUGCAACUAAUAUCACAUAAAUGUCCUUUUUAGGCUAUUGCUAAUUGGCUACCUUGACUAAAUACAUAGAAGUUGUGGUUGUUGCACUUUUGCCAUUAUCUCUAACUGGUUUUGUGUAGUCAACAAUCCCCCUGCCCACUCAGCUGUUUGUGUGUUGUCACACAUCAGUCUGGACUCUGGACUCACUCUGUAAAAUCCUUAACUUUCUCUUGGCAAACCAUCUGUUGGAUAACAACUGGAUUUAGGUGAUAGAAAAUAUAUAAUUUGGGAGGGCCGAGUGCUUCUGGAGUUACGAUAAAUAUUAAAAAUAGUUUUGUUUGUAAACAAGAGUGCGAUGAGAGCACUAUAUAAGUAUAAACUGAACUGCUCUCUGUAUUUGCUGUUCACACUACACCCCCUGUAGGUUCAUAGUCAACAAGCAUCAGUGAUUCCUGCAAUUUUUGCAUAUUUAAUCCAGCUACUUACUUAACUGAAGUGCCAUCUUUCUAUCUUCCCAUGGCUACUGAGUUGACUUUUCCUUUUAAGUCUAAAUAAAAUGUCACUUAUGGCCAUUUACUGUACUGUAGCAUCCUUUUUCACUUGAUGGUGACUGAUUCCAGCCAGGCCAACACCUCCUGGAGUCCCAUUCCAGAACGAGCACUGACCUCCAGUGUUGUGACUGUCUGAGGAGCCGAUGCAAGGAUGUCAUCCAACCGGAAAAGGGACUGGAUCUCCACCAGACUCAUAGUGCAAGGCAUAUCCCUGCAACGUGACGUAGAAAGAACACCAAUGACAUUAUGUACAGCAGAUCUGGGCAAAUGAAGGUCCGGGGGCCACAUGCGGCCCGUUAAGCUUUUCAAUUUGGCCCGCCGGACAUUCCCAAAUAAUUUAUUUAGAUAUUUAAGAUGGAAAGUGUAGCUGCCAUUAUGAUGUGCAGUCAUGUUUUCUAAUGACCGUAAGUCUUCAACUAUACAAAGUAUUUCAAUGGUUGGAAUAUGUACUUUUGCAUUAUAUACUAGUUACUAUGGUAAUACAAUUAUUUACUAUGGUAAUUAAUAGUUACUAUGGUCAUCUAAUUAGUUACGAUGGUAAUGUAAGUCACAGCAGCUCAGAAGAGGCACCAAGCAGUGUGGGUGGUGAGCGUUUCCACAGAGCCUGAAAUGUGGGUGUCAGGGACAGACGCGGAAGGAGAUUUUUACAACAAAGUUCUAAAGCUUAGUAAUGUAUCACAUGUAUCAGAUUGUAGGUGGGGUUUUUUCUACCCUUAGUGUUCAUAUUUCACUGUGUUUGUUGCAUUUUUGUUGUGUUUCGCUUGAUUGUAAAAUAUGUGGAUGGAGAGGGGGUGUGACGUUCAUAUGUUGUCAAUAUUCAGCGUUUUAUCCUUCA